CUGAAUUCCCCAAGAACAACGUUUCAAUGAUGAAGACAAAAAAGUCUAUUAUAAGUCAUCACCAAUGCUGUCUUGGAAAAGCCCUUCGAAACUUUGUUCCUUUUGACUCACUCUGCAACAAAAUCCCAGACCCCAAAAUCUCUUUAGCUCUUAAACCACUUUGAUGGUUAGCAGGUUGGCUCACCAAGCAUGUAAAUUUCUUGGAGGGUUUUUCUGGGUUUUUGGUCAAUUUGGAAACCCAGCUGGAAAUUUGAAAUUGGUGGUGUACUUGAUAAUUUCUGAACUCUCUCUGGUAAUUUCCCUUGUUUUUGUUUCAUAAAAUUGAACCCUUUGAUUAAUUCCUGAACAUAACUCGUCCAUUGUAUGCUUUUGAUUUUUGUAUAAUAGGUGAAAUUUCUUGAAUUCUGAGCGGGUUUCGUUAAGGCUCUUUUUGGUUGCAUGGAGAAUAUCAGAGCAUAUUAGAAAGAAGAGUUUGUUCCCAGUACUCAAUGGCAGGAGCUCAAGAUGCAAGGUAUUCUGCAACUCCAUCAUCCUCUCAAUGGAUGUCACUGUCUCCUGGUUUAGGAUCACCGAUUGGAACACCACUAUCUGAGAAAUUGGGCGUGGAAUUGUUAAGAAUGAUUGAAGAAUGUGGUUAUCAUGUAGCUGCAAGUAAUAUGCCUAAUGCUAAUAUCAUGCUUGAGCUUAUUUCCCGUCUUGCCUCUGCUAAUGGCUCCCCCAUUCAGCGAAUUGCAGCAUAUGUCAUCGAGGCAUUUGCUGAAAGGAUGUUGAAAACAAAAUUGCCUGGUCUUUACAAUGCCUUCAAUUCGACAAAAAUAUCAUUAGUCUCCGAGGAAAAUGUUGCUCAAAGAUUGUUCUAUAACGUUUGUCCUUUCAUAAAAGUCGCAUAUUUGAUCACGAAUCAAGCCAUUAUAGAAGCUAUGGAGGGCGAGAAGUGGGUUCAUAUUAUUGAUCUCUAUUCAUUUGAACCUGAACAGUGGAUUGAUCUUCUUCAUACAUUUAAAGCACGGCCAGAGGGGCCGCCCUGUGUGAAAAUUUCCGGUAUCCAUGACCAGAGAGUAGUUUUAGAGCAAAUGGCUGUUCGGUUGAUGGCAGAAGCUUCUAAGUUAGAAAUUCCGUUUCACUUCAUUCCUAUAGUGAGCAAAUUAGAGAAUGUUGAUACUGAAAGUUUUUGUGUUAACGCCGGGGAAGCUAUUGGAGUCAGCGCUGUAUUUCAGCUUCAUUCUCUCUUGGCUUUUGACGAGGAAGUGCCAAGAAGGAUUUCACCUGUGGCAUCAAAGAGGCCUUUACGGAAGUUUCUCGACGAGGUCAGUCCUGAUUUCACCUCUCCAUCAUCCAUACUAUCUCCAAGUUUUUCACCAAAAAUGAAAAACUUUCUAAGUUCUCUUCGGCGCCUCUCACCGAAGGUGAUGGUGAUAGCUGAGCAGGAGGCAAACCAUAAUGGUUUUAGUUUAACUGAGAGAGUCAAGGAAGCAUUGGACUUCUAUGCUCCUCUCUUCGAUUGCUUAGACUCCAUUCGAUCAAUAGCACCAACGGAGAGACAAAUGAUAGAGAAGAUGAUUUUUGGAGAUGAAAUUAAAAACAUCAUAGCAUGCGAGGGAGUGGAGAGAAAGGAGAGGCAUGAAAAGCUUGAGAAAUGGAUUCUAAGGCUAGAGCAGGCUGGUUUUGGCCGGGUGGAAUUGAGCUAUUACAACAGUAUAAAUGCUAGGAAGUAUUUGCAGAACUAUGGCAAUGAUGGUUAUAACAUCAAAGAAAAGGAUAGAUAUAUUGUUCUCUGCUGGAACUGGUGUCCCUUAUUUUCCAUUUCAGCUUGGCAGUUCGGGAGACAAAAAUGAGAUAACUAGCAAUGUGGUCAAUGAUUUCUUUUUCUUGUUCUUUCAGUUUAUUGUUUUUCAUUUUCUUCUUUGUAUACAAGAAUAAGGUUUUCAUGUUC